AUGGGGAACCGCAUCUCCUUGCAGGAGGAGCUCAUCAACCUGAAGAUGACGAGCAAGCAGAUGGUGAGCGCGUCGAAGAAGUGCGAGAAGCAGGAAAAAAAGUACAAGAAGGACGUGAAGAAGGCCAUCGAGAAGGGCAACGCCGAGGGCGCGCGCAUCUACGCGCAGAACGCCAUCCGCGAGAAGACCCAGGGCCUCAACUACCUCAAGAUGGGCAGCCGCAUCGACGCCGUCGCCGCGCGGCUCGAGACCGCGAUCCGCACCAAGGAGAUGUCGAAGAACAUGGGCAACGUCGUCAAGGGCAUGAACAACGCCCUCAAGUCCAUGGACGUCGAGAAGAUCUCCAAGACCAUGGACGACUUCGAGAAGCAGUUCGAGGACAUGGACGUCCGCGCGGGCUACAUGGAGUCCGCGAUGAACAACUCGACCGCGUCGGCGACGCCCGAGGACCAGGUCGACGGGUUGCUCAAGCAGGUCGCCGACGAGCACCAGCUCGACGUGUCCUUCGCCCUCGACGACGCGGGCGCCGUCGGCACGGCGACGCCCGCCGUCGCCGCGCCGCCGCAGGACACGAGCCUCGCGGGCCGCCUCGAUGCGCUCAAGCGAUAG